UAUCUCUCAAUCUCUCUCUUCUCUACAACAGUCUCUUCAAGCAAAACUGGGACAAAUAAAACUUAAAAAGUCUUCUUAAGGUUUCUUUUUGUUCUGUUCUUGCUUCUUUGGAAGAUGCAGAAGCACAAAUGCAAGCUCUGUUCCAAGAGUUUCUGUAAUGGCAGAGCACUCGGUGGUCACAUGAAGUCCCACUUGGUCUCAUCACACACGCCCACUCGGAAGAAACUCAGUGACUCGGUUUACUCCUCUUCUUCUUCCUCCUCAGACGGUAAAGCUCUAGUCUACCGGUUGCGAGAGAACCCGAGGAAGAGUUUCCGGGUCUUCAACCCGGAUCCUGAGUCUUCCACCGCUUACAACAGCGAGACCGAGACCGAACCUGAGUCUGUGGACCCAGUUCGGAAACGGAGCAGAGCAGAGGUUUCCAAGAAGAAGAAGACGAAGAAAAGGAGUAAGAAGAGAGUGUUUGAGUCGGGGAAGAAGCAGAAGACGAGUCAUGUUAACUCGAACGAGUCUCAAGAACCGGCGAGUUCUGUCUCCGACGGUUCUCCGGAACAGGAUUUGGCCAUGUGUUUGAUGAUGCUAUCGAGAGAUACGAGGGAGAUUGAACUGAAGAAACAUGUUCUUGCAGCGGAAGAAACGAAGCCGGAGAAGAUACAUUUCCCGGAGCUCCGUCGUUGUGUGAUAGAUCUGAAUCUUCCUCCGCCGCAAGAAAGCGACAUUGUCACCGUAGUUUCAGCCAUAUAAUAACAGUUGGAGGUUUCAGAGAUUACUGGAUAUCAAAGCAUCUUCUUGAUUUGGUUUUCUUCAAGAUCGUUUAUUCUUUUAAAGUUAGAAAACGUUUAGUGGUUUUGGAAUCUUUGGACGAUCUUCAUCAAGCGAUGUACUUUUGAUGUAAGACACAAUUGAAAACCCAAGAAACAAGUUCUGUUUCUUGAUUUCUC